UUCUCUCUCCCUCUCUCUCUCUCUCUCUCCCUCUUUCCUGCAUUCUCCCACCCUGCCUUGCUGCAUCAGCAUCAACCUUUCUUCAUCCUUAGAGCCUCGUUGCCUUCCCAGCUUGGCUGAGCCGGGAAGCUCCGUGGAUCCAUCCCUGCAAGUCCCCGCAACCCCCUCCCGCUCCCUCCCCGCCGCCUUCUCCCCCCUCCGCCUCAGAGGGGCCCUUCCCCACCGCCGCGUCCGUUUGCCGUGCCACAGGGAGCCUGGGGGAGAAGAGCCCACCGACGACCCACAGGAAUCGAAAUGAAGGACCGCACUCAGGAGUUGAGAAGUGCCAAAGACAGUGACGAUGAGGAAGAGGUGGUACAUGUGGAUCGAGACCAUUUCAUGGAUGAAUUCUUUGAGCAGGUAGAGGAAAUUCGUGGCUGCAUCGAGAAGCUCUCAGAGGACGUGGAGCUGGUGAAGAAACAGCACAGCGCCAUCUUGGCUGCCCCCAACCCAGAUGAGAAAACCAAGCAGGAAUUGGAGGACCUCACAGCCGACAUCAAGAAGACGGCCAACAAGGUGCGCUCCAAGUUAAAAGCGAUUGAGCAGGGAAUUGAGCAGGAAGAGGUGCAGAACCGAUCCUCCGCUGACUUGAGAAUCCGGAAAACACAGCACUCCACCCUAUCUCGCAAGUUUGUGGAGGUGAUGACAGAAUAUAACACAACUCAGUCUAAAUAUCGAGAUCGAUGCAAAGAUCGUAUCCAGAGACAGCUGGAGAUAACUGGCAGGACAACAACCAAUGAAGAGUUAGAAGACAUGCUAGAGAGUGGCAAAUUGGCGAUUUUCACUGACGACAUCAAAAUGGACUCACAGAUGACGAAGCAGGCCCUGAACGAGAUCGAAACCCGGCACAACGAGAUCAUCAAACUGGAAACCAGCAUUCGGGAGCUCCAUGACAUGUUUGUGGACAUGGCUAUGUUGGUCGAGAGUCAGGGGGAGAUGAUUGACCGCAUCGAGUACAAUGUUGAGCACUCCGUGGAUUAUGUGGAAAGAGCCGUCUCUGACACCAAGAAAGCUGUAAAAUACCAGAGCAAGGCUCGAAGGAAGAAAAUAAUGAUUAUAAUUUGUUGUGUGGUUCUUGGUAUAGUACUGGCCUCCUCCAUUGGGGGCACUCUUGGGUUGUAAAUUAAAGCAAAAAAAUAUUAAUAAUAAUAUAAUAAUAAUUUAAAAAUUGUACAUGCAGUGGAUAUAACAGCACAUGUUCCAGCUACCUAUAGAUAAAAACAACUUUAUUGGGUCAGCAAAUCUAAGUUUGUUGUUCGGCAUCCAUCUCUUCAUCCAUUUUUACUCAUUUGCUGGGCACCAGGCUACCACCCAGAAUAUUCAGGUAUUCUGGGCCUCAUCCGGGGGCCUUGUUGUCACACUGUCCUUCCCACAGCACCAUGGUCCCAACCGUGUGAUUCUUGCCUGCUCCACAGACUUUUCUCCCCUUUCAUUCAUCUCAGCGGUGAACCCCCUGGGAAGGAAUGGCUCAUGGCCUUCUUUUCCUACAUGGCACGGGAGAGAGCAUAGCCAUGAACCCAGCAUUCAUCUUUGUCAGGCCAUCAUUUACAAUACACAGAGGUAGGAGAAAAUGUGAAAUACUUUAGUACUCACGCUUGGUAUAUCAAGAACUAGCUUAAGGCCACAAUCUAGUACAUUCCC